GUCCGAUGGUCGCUCGGCGCCCGAAUCUAUGGCCAUCGCAGCACCAUGAGUCGAUUUUCUUCAUGUUCAUUGUUCAUUGAUACUGGGUUGACUUUUCUUUCCUUUUCAGACAAAUGAUACCAGCUUUCCAUCAUGAGCGACGUACACCCUCGACCCAUCACCGUCAAGGAGAUCAAGGCCAUCGCUGAGAGACGCCUGCGGAAACCCGUCUGGCGAUACUACGUGGAUGGCGCUGAUGAGCAGCUCACCGCCGGCUGGAACGAGUCCAUCUACGACCAACUGGUCAUCCGACCCCGUAUCCUGCGAGAUGUCUCGACCAUCGACACAUCGACCACCAUCUUCGGGAAGCACUAUGACAUCCCCAUCGCCAUAAGCCCCAGUGCAUACCAGAAACUUGUCGGACACGGCGGCGAGAUCGACAUGGCACGCGCAGCCUUUGCGUCUGGCACAAAUGUCUGUCUGUCCUCCAACGCCACGACAUCCAUGGAGGACGUGGCCCAACUACUGCCCACACGCGGGCCAGAAUAUCCAAUGCCGUGGUUUCAGCUGUACUUUGUCCGCUCUCGGUCCAUCACACAGGCUCUGAUCCAGCGCGCUGAAAAGGCCGGUUACGAGGCUCUUGUGCUGACGGUGGACACGCCACUCAUGGGAAAUCGGCUGCACGAGCGAAGGGAGCCUCUGCAACUGCCGUCGGACCUCAGCAUGGCCAAUUUGACGACGAUUAAGGGCGGGGGCGCCUCAAAGGGCCGUCUCAUUCUCAACGCAGAGACGGCAGCGGAGGCCGCCCAGGUCGUCCGCGAUCAUCCCGACACACUCACCGAUUCCAGGCUGACCUGGGAGGAGACCGUUCCCUGGCUCCGGGCCCAGACUAAGAUGAAGAUCAUCCUCAAGGGGGUGUUGACGGCAGAAGACGCUCUUCUAUCCGUCGAGGCCGGCGUGGACGCUAUUAUUGUCUCGAACCACGGUGGUCGCCAACUAGACGGCGUCCCUGCCACGUUGGAAGCGUUGCCCGAGGUCGUCGACGCCGUGCGGGACCGGAUACCCAUUCUGUUUGAUGGCGGUAUCACGCGCGGCUCUGAUGUGUUCAAGGCACUGGCGCUCGGUGCCGAUCUGUGUCUCCUGGGGAGAUCGGCCCUCUGGGGUCUCGCGUAUGACGGGCAGAAGGGUGUCGAGGCUGUUUUGAAUAUCUUGGAGAGGGAGCUAUGGCGCACCAUGGGGCUUAGUGGUGCAGUGUCUAUUAAGAACAUUUCUAGAUCUAUGCUGGGGGUUCGGAGGUCCGGUGAAGGGUUUGGAAUCGCGAGGCUGUAGAUACCAGGGCGGGUUGAUGAGACGAGCCCGGGACUAGACUGUGAAUUGUUGAGCGUAUAUUUGCAAGCAUAUGAUGUUG